AUGGAUUCCUCGCAGUGGCGGGAUUAUUACAGCGACUUGGGCGUCAGGCCCACUGCCACCUCGCAAGAGAUCAGACGAGCAUUUCUGGCUCUGGCUAGAACCACCCACCCAGACAAACGGGCACCCGGGGACCGCAGCGACUCUAGCAAGUUCCGAAAGGUUCGUGAGGUCUUCGAGUUCCUGAAAGACCCAGCAAAUCGCACCAGGUACGACACGACGUACCACGACUCGAAAAGAUCCUACGAGAGACAUCGCCAAUGGCAAAAAGCCGAGGCUCAACAUCAGGCCGAGGCCGAAGCUCGACAAGAGACCGAUGAAGAAAAUCAGCGAAGAGAGGAAGUGAGACAGCGCAAAGUAGAGAAACAACGACAGAGAGAGGAAGCACGCAAGCAAGCCCGGCGAGAAAGAAUCAAUAGGCGGAGGGCUGCGUGGAGACAGGCCAAUAAGGAGCAAAGAGAGGCCGAGCAGCGCGAGGCUCGAAGGCGCGCCCAGCAGACCUUGGAUGAUCUGCAAAGAAGACAGGAAAUGAGAGGAAAUACGCAACGACAGGAAGAACAAGCUCACCUCGACGCCAUCCGACGAGAGGCAGCACUGCUGGCUGGAGGCUGUUUUCAGAAGUAG